GCCAGGAGGUGCUUGCCCCAGCGCGCCAGCAAGGCGCACCGCCACCAGCAGGCGGCGUACGGCAGCAGAACACAGUGUGGGAGGCCACCGACACCCACUUCGGGCUCGCCCAGCGCGACGUCGACCAGCUCACGAGGAUGCCCCUCGACUGGGUACAGGCGAUGGUGCCAGUGCUGGCUCGCGUUGCCCUGCGCCACGAGGCAGCCAUCAAUCACCUGGAGGCGGUGGCUUACAGGCACGUGCAGAUGCCCGCAAAGCACGACGUGAUCCAGGCGAUGCAGGUGACGGCCAAGUUCUACGGCAACGAGGCGGCCCGACUUCGCAAGGAUCACAAGGACGCGAUCCAGGCAGGGCAAGAGGCCAACCUACAGAAAAUCACAGAGUACCGCGACCAGCUUCACCACGAGCGCCGCAGCAACGAGACGCUCGCUCAGGAGGUGAAGCAUUGCAGGCUGCAGACGACGCUCGCUGGGGACAAGGUGAAGUUAUAUCUCGCGGUGUCGAACACGGACUUGGAACAGACGGUCGUGAACGCCCUUGUCCAAUUGGGCGGGAUCCACAAGCACGGGACCCCGCCGCGGUCCCACAACGCCAGGCUGCUGCAGCUCCACCUGGACGGCCUGGACGACUGAUCACUGGUACUGUGGCCUGGGACGAGGAUGGUGGACGCAUUACUGGUGCGACUCCGAUUGCAACCAAUUCGAGCCAGAUCGGGACCUCCUCGUCGUUGAUUGGGCCACACAGUUGUCAGAGGAUAUCUCCACUCAGCUCGUUGAUGCCACGGGGAAUUUCGAGACAACCGACAUCGAUGUAUCCGACGACAGAGAGGAUCCAGAGGCUAUCGCCCAGAGCUGAUUACGUCCCCCCUGAGGCCACAGUGAGCCACUCAGCACCUGCCGCGGCAGGCAGGCAGCCGUGCCC